UGGGGUAUCGCCGAAUUGUAAAUCACGUGACGUCUCGGAAUUGGGGAUCAAUCUUAGCGACAAGCUCACUGGCAGCAUACUAUCGCGACCUCAUCAAAGCCCACCUCAAUCAACCCUCAAUCCCAUAAAUACCGUCACAAUGGCCUUCGCGUGGAAAGCUGCCGGCCUUACUUACAACCGCUACCUGGCAGUUGCUGCCCGAGUGGUCCGUCGAUCUCUGAAAGAGGAGCAAAGAAUCGGCGUUGAGCGGCGAGGAGAGAUGGAUCUCAAAUUUGCCAAGUGGCAGAACGGCAAGCAGGGCGACAACAAGAACCUGGCUGACGCCAACACCAGCGCCAUGGCCGAGCACGCGGGCCAGCAGACUGCGCAGUAA